AAGUCAAUGACUCCUUACUUAUUUACUUUUUUCUUAACCCAAAAGAAAACAUCUGUACUUUACCAAAUGUUUGGUCAUUUGUAACGUUACGCUUUAUAAUAUUUUAAUAAACUUAUUAAUAAAGAUGUUAUUUCCUUGUGGAUAUACCAUUAAUUUCAUCGAUUGUUUACUUUUUUAACACGAAGGAUUUUUCCUUAUAAUACAAGAUCUGUAUUACUCAUGAGAUUAUUUUAGCUUUAUAAUUCAAAUGGAAGACAGCGGUAUUGAAAGUGAUUCUAAGAGUGCUUUAUUUGCUGCUGACUCUACAAUGAAUGCUGUUGGAGCACAGAGCACUGAAGAUAAAAUAGCUGAAAAUAUUGAAUCUGUUAAAACUUGCUCCUUGAAUUCGGAGGACAAUGAAACUGAUGUUGUAUGUUUCAAAGGAGGCUACAAACCUGUCAAAUAUAGUUCUACAACAUCGUUACUUCAGAAACGCCUAGAAAAACAAAUUCUUCAAGCAAAAAAGUUCCGUUUAAGAGAGCAAAGUUUAGAAGGUCUUCCUAAAAAACUCCUUCCAUAUAACAGAUUAAAUGUACCUAAAACUCAGGCACCUGUGGUGUCAAAAACAGAUUCUCACCCUUUAGUUUCAUGGGAAAGUGACAGUGAAGAUGAUCUUGACUAUCACCCUAUUACAAAGUCUUCAGUGAAGGAAAUUUCUGAACAGCUGUUGAAAGAUGGUUACAACUUGGACUUGACACCUGAUGAUGAAGACCUUGAUCUGAUUCCACCGCCAAAGCCAGUCUCACAACGAUGCAUUUGCUGUUCUGUAAAUUGUACUUGUCUUAUUCAGUAAUAUUCUAGUCAGGUGAAUUAUUAUUAUGCUCAAAUAGUAAGGAACUUUUUCUUCUAAUCUUAAACAAUAGGGAAAUCUUGCAUUCAUAUUCUCUAUUCAUUAAAUGCAUGAUGAAUUUAAAUUAUCCAUUUAUGCUUAAUUUAUACCUUAAACAGGGUUGCCACUCUAUAAGGAGAACAAGGAAAACCUGGAAAAUGCAAGGAAUUUAAAAAUCACUUAAAAUAACAGGAAAA